GAUCAGACAGGAGAGCUGGAGACAAAAAAGAACUACAGUACCACACUCCUGGAAAUAAUUGAUCGAGCAGGUUUGAUACCAAACUUCUACCUUCAUAUUCAAAGUCAUAAUAUCUGUGUUCAGUGUCUUCUUCAUCACAUUCCUUUAGAAUUUUCUGGUGCUGAGAGUCAGGAACACCGUGAUCGUAGUUAGAACUGGGGUCAGUGCUUUGUGCUAUUUUCAACACUGAAUUCUUGCGAAGACCGAAUCUCACUCAUCGUUCCUUAGAGGUUGCACCAUGCAAUCACGCGGCCGCAGCCAUGGAACAACGCGAACAGAAGAGAUGUUUGCCAACGAGAAUGACCGUAUCGUUGAAUCGAUGACGGCUAAAGUGGCCCAGUUGAAGUCGGUUUCACUUGACAUUGGGCGAGAAGUACGAGAGCAAAAUGCGGAACUGCUGGGCAUGGGUUCUGAGUUCGACAAUGCCGGCGGUCUGCUGGGUUCCACAAUGAAGCGGCUGGGUCUGAUGUCGAAAGCUGGACACAACAACUGGAUGUGUUACAUGAUAGCGUUUGUCCUGUUCGUCUUCUUUGUCACGUACUUCUUGGUCCGAUAGCACCCUUGGUGUGCUCGUUUUGUUUGUUUGUUUGUACUUCGGUGGCUUGUAUAUCGGAAUGCCUGUCCUGCUGAUUGUGUUCUUUAGCCUGCUGCCAUGUAUUUAUGUGUGUACGUGCGUGCGUGCGUGUGUGUGGUGUGUGUGUGUGUGUGUACAUGCGCGUCACCUGUAUCUAUUUAUUUCCAAUACCGUAGAGAGAGGGAGCACUUUGCAAUUGCUGUUCAAAGCACGUUUCUGCCUGCUGGCCGGCCUAUCACUCGUGUCAUGCUUUUUUUUGUGUUUGUGUUCAAUCGUACCUGUUCAUCUGCCUGAUGCCAGUGCGAUGUCUAUAUGCUGUUGUAUGCUUUUGCGCUAUUUUCCUUACUGGCCGUGUUUAUUCGUGUUAUUCUGCUGCUGAUUAGCUGUCUCUUUGUGUCGAAAUGCGACUAUUUUUUUUAACAGCUUAGGCCUGUGGCGACUUUCGUUGUCCCCUGUAUUGAUGCAGCUCCCAUGGCUUGUGUACAGGUGUAUGUCUUGUCCUAUCCUGUGCGACUGUUUCUCCACGCGUGUAAGUAUGUACAUGUGUGUGCAAGUUCUAUGAUUUGAGCUCAACGACUUGAUUUUGAUCAGUAAAUAGCUGCAAUUUCAAUCAUUCGGUCCACCAUAUUUUCUCUCUUGGUGAUGCAACGAUCUUUCUAAUGGUA